UGGUGGCAUCAGUUGCACGCUGCAAGUUGCAAGUCAACACAUAAGGAUUACCACCCACCAAAUCAAAAUGCUGAAACUGUUGCUGUCGCUGCUGUUGUUGUGCACUUUGGCCGCUGCACGUCCUGGUUAUCUGCAUGGCCACCAUCAUCACUAUCCGGAGUAUCAUGUGGAGCCGUUGCAUGUGGCCAAAAUUGUGCAUUUGCCUGCCGCCGUGUCGCAUCAGAGUUCAACGGUGGUGCACAGCGUGCCACAUCACAUCAUCAAGCCCGUGGUGCUGCCAACUGUGGUGAAGACUGUGGUGCAUCCACCAAUCAUUAAGGCCUACCAUCCAGCACCCAUUAUCAAGGCUUAUCAUCCCUACGAUCCGUAUCAUUUGCAUCAUCAUCACGACUUCCAUGACUAUCAUCAUUAUCAUUAAACGAAUUGGUUUGCCAAGGUUCAUAUGUCAUUCGCUACUCCAUUUAUUACUCCCACCAACCAAACUGCACCAACCCCCAAAACACGAUCUAAAGAUUGCCUGCUGACUUGCUGUGUAUGUAUGUGUGUGUCCAAGAAAUAUGUGCAACAUUUUUGUAUAAAUAUCGAAAU